ACGGGUGGUCAGGGUUUUAUCCUUUCUCGCCAAGGUCGACUGAGGUCUCCAACUUUCCAUUACAUACUUCCCCACCCAUCCACCAAGGCGCGGACAGGGAAGAAGAAGAAGAAGCGGAGGAGGAAGAUGCCUUGCCUGAACGUGUCGACGAACGUGAACCUGGAGGGGGUGGACACCUCCGCUGUCCUCGCCGACGCCUCCAGCACCGUCGCAACCAUCAUCGGCAAGCCGGAGAACUAUGUGAUGGUUGUUCUCAAGGGUUCAGUGCCCAUGGCGUUCGGAGGUACCCAGGAGCCUGCAGCCUACGGUGAGCUGGUUUCCAUCGGAGGGCUGAACCCUGAUGUGAACAAGAAGCUGAGUGCCGGCAUUGCUUCCAUCCUGGAGUCAAAGCUGUCCAUCCCCAAGUCCCGCUUCUACCUCAAGUUCCAUGAUUCAAAGGCCCAUCCUGCACAAGAACAUGCUCAAUGUUUGCAUGCUUUGCAUCAAGAGUAGAUCAUCGCUCGGACUUUGGGUGGAACGGAUCGACCUUUUAGACGCCUCAUAUGGCGUGGAGUCCUGUAUGAACUUCAGAGUUCCUAAUAUUCUGUCCAUUGCCUAUUUAAGGAGAAACCGCUGCAGUAAGACGUCGUGUCAGUUUAAUGGCCAGUGUUUAUGAGUGCUGGAGUACUUGUGUGAUCUAGUUGGUUUGGUUUCGGACUUGCCAUGGCAAGGAAAUAUUGCAACUGCUCGGUUCGAUUCGUAAUCAUGAAUCCUUUCUGGUGUCC